AUGGUACUCUCAUGGAUCGUGGGUAACAGCGUUCAUAUUGAUGGUCGUCGACGCCGAGACAUCUGCAGUGAGAACAGGCAUCUUAUAGCCGAGUACGGCCUCAAGGGGCAGUAUAGUAUAUCGGAUAAGCACCUCCUCCCAGUGUGUCGGGGCGUUGUGCAAGGGUUCGGCUUGAGGGGUGGUUGGAGGGCCCCUUUGAGCUCCUUCCUGGUGUCCCUAGGGUCCGUUGGGCCGGAGCUGUGCACGACCAUAUCCGCUUGGUUCAUCGCUAGGCCAAGUAUUGGUAUUGGGUGUGUGAUAGGAGGCAAUAUGUUCACCACAUGCGUAGUGCUGGGUGCGGUGAUCCUGGUUCAGGAAGGCAACUCUCGAGAGAUCACCAGGUUGUUCAUGGAGAUCGGGUAUAUGACAUCUCGUUGCGGCGAUGCAGGCAGCGGCUAUUGCAGUUCCCACGGUAUCGACUUGUACUCCGUGAAGAUGUGUGAUUGUCGUCGUGCCCCCUCAUGGGACAGCUAUAAUGAUGUAUUGUGGGCCAUCGCUGCCUCCUCACUGUUGUGCCGUAUACAGUUACACUUUAGCAAGGAGCAUGAGGUGCAGCCAUCGGGGCUACUGUUUGCUUCCCCCGUAUUCGACAGUGACCUCCCGCCCCAGCCUACUGGAUAUGUGGUAGCCUCGGACGUCGCUUCGGACAUCAUCGUGAGUGAUGGUCGACGAUCUAUGACAGGUGUCGGCUGGUGGACGAUCGCCUCCUCUCGAAUAGCUGUCGUCCGAGACGUUAGAAGGCCUCAUUCUGGUGUAGAGAUGUUCAUCUGCAGUGAGCUCGGUGACAUAUCCAUGGUCAUGGUCUCUGACUUGGAUGAUGAUUCAAAGAACGCCAUUCUGAGUAGACUCAGCGAUAGGAACAUCGAAGUUGUCGCUGAUGAUGUACCCCUGUACAUGAGGUUGCUCAUGUUCUUAGUGGGGGACGUCCUGACCUAUGGUCUUCGUAACAUGUACUUAGCCUUAGCGUUGCCAGUAGCCCUUGGAGGUGGCGCCCUCCUAUCAGGCCCUCAGUAUGAGACCGUAUUAGCCUUGAUCGCAAUCCUCAUAGCUUUGGCCGGCCUUGGUGAACUUAGCAGGAUGAGAUUCACACGUGAGGUGUACGAGGAAGGACAGUUCUGUCUCACCGGUGUCGCCCUGCGCCAAAAAGGUCCAAUAUUCGUGAUGCCCCAGUCGAGCCCCCCAGCUGAGGAAAGCGGCAAGGAGUCGGCCGGCCCUGCGAAGGCCCCUCCUGUGGAAUACAUCAAACCGGUAGAGGACGGUCUGAGUCUACCGAAGCUACUGUUCAUGGAGAAGGAAUGGAGUUGGUCGGCGUUGGUGGUGAACAUUGUUCGAACUCUGGGCGCCUCCCUCGAACGAGAUGCUGAGAUAGAUGCUGUGUUCCCUGGCCAGUAUAUGAUCGAUGCCUUCAAGAGGAACCUCAGUCUGAAGAAUCAGCAAGAUGCGACUAUACUCUGUGAGGAGCUCGCCAAACUCGAUCUCGUCAUGGUUAAAACUGAUGGAGUUCACGAGAAUGAACGCUUCGAACCAGAGUACGACUACAGUCUAGUCUACCAUCUGCAUCCUCAUGUGCUCAACUCUGUCCGGUUCAUGCGUUCCGGGGCUCCAUUUGAAGUUGGUGGUGUCGAUGAGGCGGUAUCCCAAAUGCAGGAUGUGAUCGUCAAGCUGACGAAGCGUAUGAAUCGUCUAAAGGGUUUCUACUCCAAACUAGACGACAAGGAGAAUCUCGUCACGGACUGGCUCUUGCUGGCCGAGGACCCCGAGUACCUUAGGUUCCAAGAGCUCACUUGCAUACUCCAAGUCAUUUGCGGCAGCUCCGAGGGGUCUGCCGAUUCUAUUCUUUUUAAAGUAGCCCAAGAGCGACCCGAGUUCUGGCGUCGCUUCAUGAUAGCUCUCUACCACCUUAUGGUUGACCAUGCUAUGGCCGACUUGGGGACAGUGGCAGCUGAUGCACCCACGUAUACACGAUGGGAAUUCUUCACGAGCAUCACAUAUGAUGUUGGAGGCUUCCUGCUCUCUUUACGCGACAUAGAGCACGCUAUACUGAGGGGUAACCAGUACCCGCCGCCUGGAGAGCUCUUACGAGUCAUGGGCAAGGCCGACCCCAGGAGAGGCUUCAUACUCAAUCCGAUUUAUGCCGAUCCUCGAGUUCACUUCCUUCUCUCUUGUGGGGCCAAAAGCUGCCCUCCUGCAGUGUCCAUUGCCAAGAUGAACGACAGUAAAUGGGAGUCUGUGGCCGCUGAAGCUGCUAGGAAUUUUGUAACAGACGAAAACCAAGUUCGAUACGACGCGGACAACAACGUCUUGCAUCUCAACAAAAUUUUCAGUUGGUAUAAGAAGGACUUCGGGGGCACGGAAGCUCUGAUGCUCCUCAACAUUCAGAGGUACGCCGGUGAAGGGUGGGAGGUUGCUGCUAAGAUGGAGGGUAAGACUCCUAAGGUGAAGUACAUGAGAUACAACUGGGAGCCCCAUGCCUCGAGGAUCAAGACGUACUCACCAGCUAAAUCGGAUGCUAACACUUUCAAGAUGAUAUCGUCCUAUCUCAAGACUAGUUUCGGCACACCCACCUCUCGGUCGCGGUAUGCGGAGAUCCGUCAAGAACGUCGGGAGUUGGAGCCGUUGGAGAGGAAGGCAACGGAGGACUUGAAGGCUCGCAUGGAUAAAAUACAGGAGGAAAACGAGAAGGCCCGAGAGGAGACGGCAAGGAAGUUCCAGUUGCAAGUACAAAAGGCCAAGGCUAGUGCUGAGGGCGCGGUGGUGGUCCGUCCUGAGGAGGUUGGGUUACCUUCUGAUAAGAAGGAAUAGGAAAGAUGGUCGAUGAGGAGGAAAUCGGUGGGGGUGAGUAUACAAUCUAGUGAAUGAGAGUUAGUGAGUGGACCCCCAAAGUACGUGGGUGAAAUUGCAUAUGGAAUAUCCUGGGUGUUUCCUUUUCUCCUAUCAGU